AUGGACACGCUGCCUCCAAAACCUGUGGUGGCCCCACGAAGUCCGUCGCGCGAAAAUAUCAGCAGACAUGACGCGGAUGGCCGUGACCGGGACUCUGGCAGACGGCCAGAAUCCUCGUACCGCGAUUCUGGCGGACGUCGCGACGAUAGAUCUGACAGGCGAUACGACGACAGGCCUUACUCGUCGAGACCUCGGCAGGAUGCAGAGCCAUACCCAAGAUCUCGUUACUCCGGACGGGACGCCCCUCGACGAAAUGACGCCCCCAGAGGUCGCGGUCGCGGUUAUGGCAGAAGAGACUAUGAUAGUAGAGGGUCUGAUUCUAGGUCGUCAUGGAGUAGAAGGGAAGAACCGCCUGAUGGAUGGUCGAGGUCUGGUGGCAGAGACGACCGGGACAGGGACAGGGACAGGGAUCGAGGCGACUACCACCGCGACGAUGACCGUCGAAGGAGAGAUGGCCCAUCCUCACACGACGGUCGUCAUCGUGAGACAACAGUAGAUUCAUGGGUACCAGAUUCUCGUCGGUCAGACUAUGGUGGAGACAGGCGGCGUUCCAGAUCUCCUCGGAGGCGGCCGUCUUCUCCCCCGCCGCCUCGCAGUCCUUCCGACAGUCGUUACUCACGUCCCAGAAGCCCGGGGCGUUAUUCCUCUCCUCCCUGGCGGCCACCGCCUAGGGAAGAUACUCCUCCACCGCGGACAUCACCCCCUCGAGUAGCCAUCAAGCAAGAAGAGUCUCGUGCGAUUCUCCCACUCAAAGAGGAGCCCAUGCCACCUGUAAAUGCUCAGGAUCCUGUCAAGAAUAAUGAACAACUAGAUAUAAAGCCAAGUCCUGUCAAACAAGAACCUGCUGUAUGGGGCCGUUCACCAACUCCAAUCAAAGCUGAGCCCACUUCGGCGCCUCUUCCGCCUAAGAGGGAGUACCCAAGCGAACCUCCAGUUAAUCUGGUCAACGCCCGUCCAGUGGAUGAUCGAGUGAAGGAUAAUGACGUGAAGAUGAGAGACCAAUCCGAUGCGUCAAUACCGACUCAUCCAAGACAUCACCUACGAACCGCAAAUUUGGACAGAGUUCAGUCUCCUCACUCGAGACUUGAUUCUCCAUCCGGGAGCUCCCAUCCGAUUCAGCGUCGCUCCUCACCGCCAAGAUUCAAUCGUCAGGUCAGUGACAGACAUUCCAGAUACGAUGGUCCGCCGACCCGCCUAAAUAAACCUUAUCACCACAAACACGAACCUGACAAAAUAUACCCACAACUGGCAUCUGCGGAAUUGAACCGUAUAUUCCCUUUGAAAUUUGAGGAACCGAUCCCUCUGCCUUCCGAGUUGCAACAAAUGCAUGCCAAACGGGAGCAAUUCAGGAAGAGUGCGUUGAUAUUUUGCAAACAGCGUGCCGCUCUGGUACAAGUCGAGCUACAGUUGGCGGAAGCCUUGCGUGAAGUAGACUUGGCGUCCAUCGAUGUAGCCACUGCGAAGAGUCGACAAAGAGCGAUAGAACAUACCAUCGCAACUCUGGAGGCGGUGCCCACCUCUGAGCCGUCUUCGUCGAGCGGACAACCAUCCGAAGGCACCAACACAAUUUCAUAG